AGUUUCACGCCCAAUCAUGAUUCGAAACGCUCAACUAAAUCGAGAUCGGAAAAAUAUAUCCCCCCACGCUUCCCGCCUCAUCCAAAUCAAAAACCCUAAUUUUCCAGAUCAAACCACCACCGACGACGGAUCCUCUCAAUCUCUCUCCAGAUGACUGAAGAUAGCGGCGAAUUAGCAGCACCACCGCCACCGGGAGAGAUCCGAACCGCUUUGAGUGAUCUGAGCAAUCUUCAGAAGAAGAGAGGAAUCUCGUCGAUGAUUUCGAGCGAUUCUUCACUUAAGAAAUCCGGAGAUGGUAGUGGUUCGAGAGUAGAGUUCUCGAAGAGGCUGUGUGUAGUUGUAGACGACUUGGUUAAGCAGAACGAGUCUUCUUCGGAUUCUAAGUGUAGCUCUGAGGACAAACAAUCUCGUGAUGCUAUGGUGGAGGUUUCCAGACCGUUGAAAGAGAAGGAGAUCUACUUUGAGCCUGGUGAUAGAGACGGUGCACGGGAGUUAAAUACCGAUGAAGGAUUGGCUUUAUCUGUGUUGAGCAGCAGCAGCAACAGCGAUGAUGCUGAGAUUGGUAGGAAGGAGUUGGGUAGGUGUCAGAAUGUGAGAUCGUUUGAGAUGAGUAGAUGCUCCAAUGUUGUUAACAAGGAAGAAGAAGAAGAAGAGAAUGUGAAUGACGAUGACUUGAUAAAGUCUUGCUCUUGUUCUUUUUGCCUUAAAGCUGCGUAUAUCUGGUCGGAUCUUCAUUACCAGGACAUCAAAGGUCGAUUAUCCGCCUUGAAAAAGAGUCAGAAAGUAGCUAGCAGCUUGAUUCAAAGGAAUGACAACAGAGAAAAACCUCAUGCCUUGGUAAACUCUGUUGCUUCCGCAAAGCUAGCAUCUGAUCUCACGGCUCAGUGGAGGUCGCUGUUUCUUAGCAUGGGCGAUAUCCUCGCACAUGAAAGCAACCACCUUCAAGAUAGCUUUAUGACAAUGAAAGAUCUGCGAGAAGAUUGCAAGAUUGAUUUGGAGAGAGCAACCAAAACACCUCAGCACAACACCUGAUAAGUACUUUCCUCUACUUGAUCAAACACUGUAUGGACUGGACUUUAAAAGCUUCCCUUUUUUUAAUUUUCGCAGCAGCUCGUGUGAAAAUUAUAUAUGUAGUAUCUCGAUGCAAUGUAUAGAUGCUUAUAAAAUUGCAUUCCGUAUGUAUGGACAACUGCUGUUUGUGUUGGUUCUUCCCUUAAUUGUGUUCCUUUGGCAUUGACUA